UUUGGCGGGAACUUUGUGACAGUGCGUGUGGGGAGACCAUCAUUACUUUGAGAUGGGAACUGCUUGGCCAAAAGACACAAACAUAUAGGAGUGAGACACUUAGAACAAAAUAAUCGUUAGAACCUUUUUUUUUAACGAAGUCGUUUCAAAACGUCAAAGUUCUACUUUUUAAAUUACUGAUACGAGACCAGAAAGGAAAUACAAUACACUUUGUGUAGCAGACGUGUAGGGAAAACAAAUACUUUUAGAUCAGUUAAAAUAAAUUACUGUAUUCUUAUACUAUAAACUAAGUAUUUUUUAUGUAUUGAACUUAAUGAGCAGAGAAUAGCAGUGAUACAGGCUCAAGAACUUAGGCUUCGUGGACUUUCUCGUUUAUGCUGACAAGCUUCAUAGUAUCAAAUUAAACACGGCCAAGGGGGUUUUACUUUCUUUUCAAAAUUUGUUUGUACGGAAGUACCAAGAAGAUAUAGUUCUUAUUCCAAUUGGUAGAAAUAAAUAUUUAGUAUUUGAAGUCUGGGCGAAUAAAACGGAGUCUUAUCACAGUUUGGUCAAACAGAGUUCUGGCAAUGUCUCUACUACUGUGUCUUCUAGUAGCUAGUUUGGCUGUUACACCAAGUAUGGCUCAGGGUGAUACAGACACUCAGGCAAACUCUUCUAUAGCAGAAAUUAUUGCAACAAGAGGCUUGUGUUCUUUUUUUGGUGGAGACUGUGGCUUCGUCUGCCCCCACAGAUACUUGCGCCACAGAUGGGACAUUCCUUUGUGCCUACUUAGCAAUCAAGAGUGCUGCCUUGGCCCAGCCCCCGAGGAUGCAAAUGCUACAGUGUUUACGACAACUACAACCACCACUGUGAUAACCACACCCGCACCAGAGUAUGAUAUCUGCGGUGUUCUACCAAGCGGCAGCUCAAGAAAAAAACGAAUAGUGGGCGGCCACACAGCAGCACAAGGAAGCUGGCCCUGGUUGGUGGCCCUGCGUAACUUUAUGGGGGGCAUCUCUUGCUCUGGGGCCGUGAUAGCACAGCGAUGGGUGGUUACUGCAGCUCAUUGUUUUAGAUUUGCUGCUGACCCCAACAUGUGGAGGGUGAGAAUCGGAGAGCACGACCUGUUCACUAAUGAGGACAACGAGAGGGACCUACGUAUUCAGCACAUUUACGUGCACCCGCAGCAUUCAUCUCAGUCUCCAGACAGCAGCAGCAACAGCACGUUAUACAGCCGGUUCCUCUACGACAUCGCCCUUUUGCAGUUAGCGGAAGACUCCAGGAUCGAGCCCGUAUGCCUCCCUACUCUCCAGCGCAGCAACGAGGACUCAGAGCUUAGCAAUGUCAUCAGCGAGACGCCAAGCGUCCAGGGCGUGGAGACCGACUUCAGCGACAACCCUCGCUUUGGGCCCACAAUGAGGAGAAGCUUGAACCUGCAGGCGGAGAACGAGAUCCCGGAGGGCGUGGACGUUGUGGGCGCCGGGCGCAGGUCGAUCCAGAAUGGAGGAAAUUGCUGGGUCGCCGGCUGGGGCGCAACACUAGAUGCAUCAAUUCAAGAUCAAAUUCUUCGUGAAGUCUCUGGCGACAUCAUCCCACGUGAUCAGUGCAGCCGUUUGUGGGGGCUGGACCUACCAGAAAACAUGAUUUGUUUUGGUGACGGUUCUUUCGGGCCUUGCGCGGGUGACUCCGGCGCCCCAAUGUCAUGUGAGAGAAACGGUCAGUUCUAUUUGGCCGGAGUGGUGUCCUGGGGAGCAGAGGCGUGUAACGUCACCGGACGCCCGAGUGUCUUUACUAGGACUGGGCCAUUCCUGAACUGGAUGGAAGACAUUAUGUCACGUGAUCAAUGAAAGAUGACUUAUUUCAUCAUUAUAAAUGAAACAUGAACCUGUCCACCGUAUUUUUUACUGACAAAAAAAAAAAUUAAAAAUAAAACAUGGCAGAAAUAAUGCAAUGCAACAACAUGGAAGCCCAAAUUAUAAUUUAUUAAUUAAGAAAACUACUGUAAAUAUUGUAUUUACAGUAAAAGACUUCUAAUAUUAAUCAUAAUUAUUCAAAUGAUAUCGUCUGUAAAUUAUUAGCCCUAUGAAUUUUACGAGAAUAAAGUUCGGUAAUCCAAAAA